AUGGAAAAGCCACAUACAAACCCACCUUCCGAGACACCAGAGCUAGACGAUCUAAAACUGAAAGAAGAAGCCACAUUAGCCCGAGAUGUCGGAAUUGGUCAGGUGUUGGAGGUGGAGGCCACGCCAGAGCAGGAGCGGAAGGUCUUGCGGAAGCUAGAUAUGAUAUUGAUUCCCUUGAUGGGAGUGUGUUAUAUGAUGCAAUACAUGGACAAGCUGGCUCUAAGCCAGGCGACCAUGUUUAACCUGCGACAAGACCUGCACCUCGAAGGUCAGGAAUAUACCUGGACGUCCGCCGUCUUUUACUUUGGAUACUUUGCCUGGAGCUGGCCCAGUUCGUACCUCAUCGUCCGGCUGCCCAUUGGCAAGUAUAUUAGUGUCUCAGUGCUACUAUGGGGAGGCGUCCUAAUGUGCCACGCGGCAGCAAAGAAUUUUGGGGGCCUGGUUGCUGCGAGAUUCUUCCUUGGUGUCGGUGAAGCUGCCAUUGCCCCUGGCUUCUCGCUCAUCACCGGGAUGUUCUAUAAACGAGAAGAACAGCCAGCACGCCAAUCCGCCUGGUUCUUGGGCAACUGUAUCUCGACCGUCAUUGGCGGCGUCGUCGCAUAUGGUAUCGGUAGCAUCGAAACACACGCCAUCGCCAGCUGGCAGCUCCUCUUCCUCUUCCUGGGUGCCAUCACCGCAUUCAUUUCGUUCUUCCUCGUUGUCCUUCUCCCCGACUCUCCCAAGAAAACCAUCUUCCUCACCAAGACCGAACGCGCCAUCGCUGUACAACGAACCCUCGCAAACAAAACCGGUGUCAUGGACGAAGGAUCCUUCCGAUGGGACCAAGCCUGGCUCGCCGUCCGAGACCCCCAAACCUGGUUCCUAGUGCUGUACACCUUUUCCGUCAACCUCUGCAACGGCGGCAUCACCAGCUUCUCUUCCAUCAUCAUCAACGGCUUCGGCUUCUCUGAAGUCCGCUCACUACUCAUGCAAAUGCCCCUCGGCGCCGCACAGGUCGUCUUCCUCCUCCUAACCGCCGGCCUCGCCACGCUCAUCCCCAACACGCGGAUCCUGAUGAUGAUCCUCAACACCAUCGUGUCCAUGAUCGGCAUGAUCCUCGUCUGGAAACUCGACGAAGAUAACCGCAAAGGCCGACUCACGGGCCUCGCCCUCGGCGCCGUCUUCGCCGUCAAUAUCCCCCUGUCAUUGAGUAUCAUCAGCUCCAAUGUAGCGGGGUUCACGAAGCGAAGCACCACCAGCGCGUUACUGUUUGUGGCGUACUGUGUCGGGAAUAUUGUUGGGCCGCAGUUCUUUUAUUCGUCCGAGGAGCCUUAUUAUCCGACAGGCAUGAAAGCGGCCAUCUCGGGGCUAGCGUUGGGGGCGUUCUUCCUGGUGUGUCUGCUGGCAUAUUAUGUGUGGGAGAAUAAGCGCCGGGAUCGGGUGUAUGGGUUGCCGGCGCAGAUGACGGAGAGUCAGGAGUUGGCGUUGGGGUUGUCGAGUAAGACGGACCUGGAGAUAGAGGACUUUCGAUAUGUUUUGUAA